CUUCCCCCGAAGAGCCAGAGUUUUAUUCCUGCGAAUAAUUCCUCAAGGUCCGCCGAACCUCCCCAUUGUCGGGAAUAAUCGCUAACGAGAUCGCGGGGUCUAAAAAAGCGGACGGAAGAAAUGAAUGACCAAUCGAUAUCGAUUACGAGGACGUAUAGGAGCGUAUGCAAAGUCGGCCCUCGAGUCGGGGGUGGCUCGAGCCAAGGGUAAUCAAUCACGGGAGGCGAUCGCUCGGUUAUUUAAUUCCCGGGGGGACGGAAUGGCGAGAACGUCCUCGAGGUCGAACCUCGAGUUCCGAUCGAAUCGAGCGUCCGGAGGGGGCGGUCCGGUCCGGGGGUGGACGCUGGCUCCCGUGGUCUUCCCGAGAGCGAACUCUGACCUGAUUUCGUUGAAACAUCCCCGAAGAGCGAACUGUGACCCGCUUUCGUUAAAACGUCCCCGAAGAGCGGGGCCGUUCUCGCUGUUUGCCCCGGAGACUAGGCGCGGUCAUCGAGCUCUUCCUCUGGGAGACCAUUGUUCUCUCCCAGGCUCGAGUGUGUCUUCGAGCCCUUUGAAUGCCCGCCUCGUUUCUCUCCUUCCUGUUUGUUCUUUCAUUCUCCUCCCUUCUCUGUCUUCUCUCUUCUUUCUCUUCUCCCCCAAAAGAGACGAAGGAUCGAGCCCCCGAACGUGCUCACGCGUGCUUUUCCAGGGAAACUAUGCAAAGUUUUUAAAAAACGUCCACACGGAGCAGGCCUCGAAGUUGCAAGCGAAGAACCAGCACGAGUGCGACCUCCUCGAGGACAUCCGGAACUUUACCAUUAAAAAGUCGGCCAUCGAGAAGUCCUAUUCCGAGGCGCUACUCAAAAUAUCUUCAGCCUACUUGAACAAGAAGAUACCUAAUAUACCGGACAUUAACAUCGAGGGCGGCGAGGAGAAAUGGAACAUGUGGAACGUCUGGAGGAUGGUCCUGGAGGAGAACGAGAAACUGGCGAGGGCCCGCCUAGCCGCCGUCGAGGUCUUCCAGCAACAAAUCGCUGACGACGCGAAGAGUUUAAAGUUGCAUAAGAUCCAGAUAUCGAAGAAGGCGAUCGACCAACUGCUAAUAGUACAAAAGGAGCUGCAAACCUGCGUCCAGGACGUCGACAAGACGAAGAAGCUCUACUUCGACGAGGAGCACAGCGCCCACGACGUGCGCGACAAGGCCAAGGACAUCGAGGAGAAGCUCAAGAGGAAGAAAGCCUCGUUCUUCCAGUCGAUCACGACGUUGCAGAAGAACAGCGCCAAGGUGAGCUCGAAGAGGGACGCCCUGGAGGAGAAGUCGACCGGGGCCCGCAACGACUACUUGCUCAGCCUGGCCGCCGCCAACGCCCACCAGAACCGAUACUUCGUGGUCGACCUGCAGAACACCAUGCAGAUCCUGGAGCAGGGGGUGUACGACAAGGUGGCGGAGUACCUGACGCUGAUGGGUCGCACGGAGCUGCUGACUUGCCUGGCGAUGCAGAACAGCUUCGGGAAAAUCCGCGACCAGGCUCAGCAGCUCACCAGGGAGUACAACCUGCAGUGUUGUUACCUGUACUACCCGGUCCUGAAGCAGCACAUACAGUACGACUACGAGCCUUGCGACAACGAUCCCGUAGAUAGGAUAACGGCGGAUCACUCGGCCGCGGUGGCGUUAGGGAAGGAAGCUCGUCGCUGGGCGACGAGGAUCGCUCGAGAAAUCAGCACCAUAAGGGAGAGCACUCGUAAAUUGCAGGCUCUCCAGCAGCUCAAGGAAUCGGGUCAGAAGACUGAUCCGAACGACCCGAAUGGCCCGGACCUGGACACGAAGAUGGACGAGCUGAGGCAAGCCGUACGGCGAGCAGAGACGGCGAAAAUGAAAGCGGAGGCGCGAAUAGAAUGUCUCCGGAAUGGCGGAGUUAACGUCGACGAGUGGCUACAGGAAGCCGAGACCCUGAGCGUCCAGGACAUCCCCCGGUCGGCCAGCUCCCUGUCCGUCAGGACGGAUGCAUCCGGAACAGCGGAGCAUCCGUCCUCCGAUUCCUUCUACGACAGCGACGGCGACGGCGGAAGCGAUUUGACGACGGUAGAGAGGCCGGAGAACGUGCGCAACGUCUCUCUACAGGAAGAGGAGUCAACCAAGGAGCGACAAAGGCACGACAGUGCCGAAGUCGAUGCAUUGCUGGAGCAGGAGAAGCAGCGAAUCGAGUUGCUGACUGCCGGAUGGGAUGAUCCCACGGCGGUGGACUGGGAAAAGGAGGAGAAGGGCGAUACCCAGGAGGCCCCGGAAGCCGCGGAUGCGGCCCCGACUCAGCACCUCUACAAAUGCACCGCCCUUUAUUCGUACACGGCUCAGAACCCGGACGAGCUGUCGAUCGUGGAGAGCGAGCAGCUGGAGGUGGUCGGAGAAGGAGACGGAGACGGCUGGCUCAGGGCCCGGAAUUACCGAGGAGAAGAGGGAUUCGUCCCGCAGAAUUAUCUGGACGUGGAGAGAGAGUCGGACACCACGACCGGACUCUCUUCCCAGGGCCCAGGACUGGUCCAGCAGAUCUCCUUCUCCUCGGUCGACUACACCAUAGACGACCACGAGGCAGUCGACCCGGACGUAGGCCUCCAGGUUGAAGAGGACUUUCCAGUGGCCCCCAUUCAACAAAACGGUGGAACGGAGGAGUACUGCGUGGCUCUCUACGAUUACGACGCCACCUGCGACGAGGAGCUCACGUUCAUGGAAGGGGACGUUCUGAAGAUCCUGAGGAAGGAGCCGCACGACGUCGACGACGGCUGGUGGGAAGGGGAACUGUGUGGACUGCGAGGAAUAUUCCCAUCUCUCAUCGUGGAGCCCUGCGCCCCGGACGGCUCACCUCUGACCCCGCAGGAGGAUACCACCCCGCCGAGCUCGGCGCCGCCGGUCUUCGCGCCCCCAGAGAUCCCGGAAUUCCUCCUGACCGAGGAGAUGCUUAACGAUCGUUUCGAUGCUUCCUUCGCAGAGUCAGGGAUCCUGGGAGACGAGAGGUCCGCCAGCACGGAUGAGGGCCAGCAGGCGAGCUUCGCGAUAAACCUGACCAAGGGCCAGAAGGACCACUACGGGUCACAGUUCGACGAGAACUCCGAGACUCCUGGGAUCCUAGUCGAGGAGGUUGCAGACGACUCGGCCGUUCAGGUAAAAAUCGCGGUGCAUCGGAGAUUCGAUAUCGCGAUUCGAUCCCUGGCCGGUAGCCAGGGGCCGAAUGGUCGACGUACUUCGUUCAGCGAUUCCGACGUUUCUAUUAUCAAGCAUGCGGUUUAUCUGGUCGAGUUCAAAGGUCUGACGAACGCGAAAUUGCAGGACGGCUCGGAUGGGAAGGCUCGCAAGGCUUCGACGGAAGGUCAGGACGGCGAGAAGGACGACUUGGGUCUGGGCGUAGCACAGAUUGUCAUUACAGCCGCAACUCCCAUGGAGGAGGUGGAUCGCCCUUUUCCAGGGGUAGAGGAAGCCGAGGAAGCCGAGGCCGAGGCAGGGGAGGCGUCUCAGGCGGAUGCCGAAGAGUCCACCGACAAGACCGGCACCGUCGAGGACGAGGACUCCGAGGAGACCACUACGAUCCAGAACGCCCCAGGAGGGCAGCGCCCUUCGGAGGCAACGACGACGCGCGUCGAGUCGGAGGAGAAAUCCGUCGUCGACGACCUGCCCGCCGACUCGGCACCGUUUCCCGUGAGCAGCAGCUCCGGCAGCGAGGCAGACUCCACGUCCGGACCCAGCACCGCGGAUAAUUCUCAAUCGAUGACUCCCAGAGGCGGUAACAUCGCCGCGAGUCAUCCCCAGGAAGUGGUCGCAGUCGAGGAAGAAGACGAGGAACCGGUCGACAUCGUGCCGGAGAAGGUGCUCGUCGGCGGCAGGGCGAGCAUCCCCGACGAGCUGCAGCCCGACCAGCUGGAGAAGCUCCAGAAUCUGAAAGAGUCGAAUGCCUAGGAUUGACUAGACCUCGGAGACGACAACUGCAAUCCUGCCUUACCGAACAAACUGGCUCUUCCGAAAGAUCAUCAGAACAACUUCCAGCACCUGCUGGACUUCUGGAAAUCUCCCAAGGUUGGCGGGACGAAGGACUAAGGGUGAACGCCGGGUUGUAUGUACGAAUGAUUAGAGACCGUACUCGACACACGACACACACGUACCCAGACA